AUGACGUCAAAAAUAUUCCUGGCGGUUUUAUUGCUGACCUGCGUUUCCCAUACACAAGCAUUGUGUGCAGCUUAUCCACAUGAAACAUCACAGCGAGAGAUCAUAGAAACUAUCAGGCCUUGCUAUGACAAAUGUGUUGCCAACUAUCUAUGCUUUAGUUACUGGUACUUUGUCGAAGAAAAUGUGUGCUUGCUCAGGAUAUUAAAUGGGACUAGCCUAAAUGUUGACGAUAAUUCGUAUUCAAACCAUGAAGGCUAUAUAGCCUGCAGUAAUAGAUCACCUAAAUGUGAAACCUAUGACGAGGGACAAGAGACAUUUAGUGUAACAGCAUCCAAUCACAAGGACUGUUUUAUGACUUGCCUCAACCACGGAAGAUGUCUAAAAUAUACAUACUUCAAGUCAAAUAAAUAUUGUCAGCUUCAAGUGAGCACAGGAAGUCGUAUUGAUGUUGAAAGCUUUCGUGUGUACUUGUUUUGCACUGGGCAAUAAAGGCUAAUGUGAUGUUUUCAUUACAAUCAAAUGCAAUUCUAAGAAAUAGCAAUGUUUAAACACACAAAUUGUUAUAACUUUGUCAUAAUAUCAAAAGUUU